AUGAAAUCUUAAGAAAAUGUCAACGACUCAUCUGACUAUAUUAGCUAAAGGGGGUUGGAGUCAGGUUAUAAGAAGAAUAAAGCCUCUCUGUACACAUAUCAGAGGAUCGGCUCCACACGGAACCAAGGUUUAUCUCACCUUCAACCCUUCUCUGCAUUCACAACUUAACAAUAAAUCAGUUGCUGGUUGGGGGAAUGUCUGCUCCUCUAUAUAUUCUCAACUAGGAACUAAACAGGAUAUAUAUAUCAGAUUCUUAGACCAGGACCAGGGAAAUGCUAAAGCUAUUGAUAUUGAAACUCUGACCGAAGACGACAUUAAGACAGAUAAAGAACCAACAAGCACAGACAGGUUGUACACAAAUGUUUGCCUCGGGGGCACCUUUGACAGACUUCAUGCUGGUCACAAGAUUCUACUGACUACUGCUCUUCUACGCUGUACAGGCUGUUUGACUGUAGGAGUCACCAGUCCUUCUUUACUAGGGCGGAAGACCCUGUGUGAACUAAUAGAACCAUUGGAGAAAAGAAUUUCAGUUGUCAAAGAGUUCAUACAAACUGUAAACAGGAAUAUUUCCCACAACGUUGUUGAGAUAACCGAUCCUUUUGGACCAGCCAUAGUUGAUCCUGAUAUAGAGUGUAUAGUUGGUAGUACUGAGACGGAGAAGGGUUGUUUAGCUAUCAAUGAGAAAAGAAAAGAGAAGGAAUUGAAACCUCUAGAUAUUCAUAUUAUUGAUCUAGUACAAGAUGACAACAGAGAAGAAGUUCAUGAGGAGGAGAAAAUAAGUUCUAGUUCAGCUAGAACCAGGGUUUUAGGUUUAGGAGAAGCUGCUUGUACUAAUCCUCAAGCUAGCUUGCAAGGACGGCGAUUAAGAAGUUCCCUUCAACCCUGGGACAGGUCAAAAGGUCCGUACAUUAUUGGACUUACGGGGGGAUCAGCUAGUGGGAAAUCUAGUGUUGGGCGGAGACUGAAGGAUAUGGGAGCUGGUCUGGUGGAUUGUGAUAAACUAGGACACUCUGCUUACCUGCCGGGUUCUACAGCUUUGAAGAAAAUAGUUGAAGAGUUCGGGGACCAGGUUCUAGCAGAAGAUGGAACAAUAAACAGACGGGUUCUUGGGGGCAUUGUUUUCAGUGACAGAUCUAAGCUUGAAGUUCUAAACCAGAUUGUGUGGCCUGAAAUUGCUAGGAUGGCUUUAGAGCAGGCGAAACAGGAUUGGGAGGCUGGUCAUGAGGUUGUAGUGCUAGAUGCUGCUGUACUUCUUGAAGCAGGCUGGAAUUCAUACUGCCAUGAGAUAUGGGUCUGCCUCAUACCUAGGGAUGAAGCUGUUUCCCGAAUAGUUUUACGGGAUGGUAAAACCGCUGAGGAGGCUGAAAAGCGAGUUGACAGCCAGUGGUCCAACCAGGAGAGGUGCAAGGUAGCCCACACUGUGUUUUGUACUCUUUGGGAUCAGGAAGUAACACAGAGACAGGUGGAGCUUGCAUGGAAUAGACUGCGUGAAGAGCUUGAAUUAUCAAGCUAGAGCUAGAGCAGAAUAUAUUGUAAAAUCAGUGUAUCUUAUCAUGACCCAGGGUUAUGGGUUUAGAAUCCGAUAUUAUUGUUAUUAUUAAUGUUAGCAUCAUUGGCAAAGUUAUUGGUCAGUUGUGUUGUAUAUCAUUUUACUCUAUUUUAUUUUAUUUUACAUAGACAUGUUUUAAAGUAAAUUUUAUUUUGAUUAACAUUAAUUAUUGAUUUAUUUUGUUAUUAUUAUUAUUGUAAUAUUUCCAAAAGCUUAGAAUAUCAUGAAUUCCUUGAUAAAGUCCAAAUAAGUUCAUUGAUUUACAAUCUACAUGUUUCCAUAAGAUUGAAUUGAAAAGGCAUCCAUAGUCUUCCUUAACUCAUAAUGAAUAAUUUUGUAAUCAUAACAUUUUUAUUCUGGAAUGUGCCUUUCCUUCAUGCUGCCAAAUGAAAUGACUUGUGUUUUCAUGAUCACUUGAUAAACUGGAAAGUGUUAUCAAUAUUUCCAGA